UGUUUGGUCAAAGCUUCAUUUUCGGAUAUUUUCAGAAUCUCAUAAUUCAUAACAAGUCUUUAAUGUCUCAACGGCUUUUCUUUUUCCCCUUUUAGCAACAAUCAAUCCCCAUUUCUUUACUUUUUCUUUUCUUUUCCUUCCACAUCUGUCUGAAAAAAAAAAAGGAACAAAUUGCUUUGGUUUCGGCUUCUUUAUUUUUAUUGUUGGAAGAGAAUUUGUCUUGACUUUUGAAAAAAAAGGAAAUGGAAUUGGAGAAGAUGGGUUUGGUGUAAAGAAAUGAGGGGAUUGCUGCACAAGGUACUUGGGGUUAUGAAUUGUAAACGCGGUUCAUUGCCUCGAAACGACGUCGUUGUUGCCCUAAUCGAAUGCCGGUUCCGCCCUCGGUCGGCAUUCGAUUCUUUCUGCAUUGCCUCUGAAACCUUCUCUGACCAUCAUCACCGCCACCACCACCACCACCAUCAACAACAACAACGUUGUCGUUACCUUCCUUCUCACACUUUUUUAAGGGGAAAAAAGUGAAUCUUUUUGAAAAUUUUGGAAAACAUAAAUUGUCUUUAUUUUUUUUCUGGUAGCUAUUUGGUUCUUAGCAGUAAUGGAUUCUGGGUUAGGUUUGGAAAUGCCAGCCAAUAAUGGGAUGCAUUAUACUUCUGAAGUAGAACCAGGUUUCGUAGAAAGAGACCCAACGGGUCGUUACAUUCGGUUUGAUGAAGUGUUGGGCAAGGGUGCAUUUAAGACAGUUUAUAGGGCCUUCGAUGAAGUUGAAGGAAUAGAAGUCGCUUGGAACCAAGUAAGGAUCGACGAUGUAUUGCGGACACCGGAAGAUUUGGAAAAACUGUACUCCGAAGUUCAUCUCUUGAGAUCGUUGAAGAAUGAAAACAUCAUCAAGUUGCACAAUUCAUGGGUGGAUGACAAGAAGAAAACUGUUAACAUGAUUACUGAACUAUUCACAUCCGGGAGUCUCAGGAUAUAUCGGAAGAAGCAUAAACACGUUGAUACAAAGGCGAUAAAGAAUUGGGCGAGGCAGAUUCUUCGGGGCCUAGUGUAUCUUCACAGUCAUGUCCCCCCUAUUAUUCAUCGGGAUUUAAAGUGUGACAACAUUUUUAUUAAUGGGAACAAUGGAGAAAUCAAAAUUGGCGACCUCGGGUUGGCGAUCGUCAUGCAGCAGCCAACUGCUCGGAGUGUUAUCGGUACCCCUGAAUUUAUGGCUCCAGAGCUCUAUGAAGAGGAAUAUAAUGAACUGAUAGAUGUAUACUCUUUUGGAAUGUGUAUGUUAGAGAUGGUUACUUUCGAGUAUCCAUAUAAUGAAUGCAAAAAUCCAGCACAGAUCUAUAAGAAAGUUAUCUCUGGUGUUAAACCAGCUUCCUUGAGUAAGGUGGCCGAUCCACAAAUAAAGGAAUUCAUUGAGAAAUGUCUGGUUCGAGCAUCUGAGAGAUUGUCUGCUAAGGAGCUUUUGGAGGAUCCGUUUCUUAAAGUAGAGAAUCCAAAAGAACCAAACCGACUUCCCCUGCUACGACCGAACCCAAUUUCUAAAGCAGUAAGCCUACCUCUGUCAGGGCCUUCGUCCAUGGACAUAGAUACCGACUAUAAGCAGCUUUCCAUAAGUACAUGUACUGGAAGCAAUAGCGAGAGUCCUCAUUAUCCAGUUUUGGAGUUGCAGAGGACGCACAAUAACAGCAUAUUCAGGUUGAAAGGGAAAAAGGAUGAUGAUAACUCGGUUUCAUUGACCUUCCGCAUAGCUGAUACUUGUGGUCGAGUCAGGAACAUAGAUUUUAACUUUUACCUUGAUAGUGAUACUGCACACUCGGUUGCAGCUGAGAUGAUUGAACAACUAGAGUUAACAGACCAUGAUGUUGACUUCAUAGCUGAGUUUAUUGAUUGCUUGAUAACGAAGCUUCUACCUGGUUGGAAGCCCUCGUUUUAUCUCUCGAGUGGAACUGCAAGUCCAUGUGCUGAGUUUUCAGCUUCUGCAAACUGCAAAACCUUAACGCCCUGCCCAUGGGAUUCGUUUCUAACUAGUGAUUCAGCUCUGGGAGUAGCCACAGAAAGUGUAUCUGCUCUAAGUACAAGCCUCAGAGAAUGUGUCAUACAAGCCCCAGAUUCCUCUGAUAACGAGUAUCUCUCAUUUUUGGAAGAUCAAGAGUCACAAGCAUCUGUUGUUUCAGAGAUACUGGUUGAGGAGACUUCCACUAAGAAUGCUAAACCAUCUGAGGAUGCCGACUUGAAUAUAAUUAGAACCUGUAAAGAUUUAGGUGGAUAUAUAUCUGAAGACUUUCAGUUUCAGGAUACUUAUGAUGAUGAGUUCAACUCAAGUAGAAACGAAAGAAGUACUGAAGAGUACAUACCCAUUAAUGAAUUCAUGAAGGCUUCAGGACUCUCUUUCUCCAAUUUAAGCAGAGAAUCAACUUUUAUGGGCUUGCCAAGUAGUUGCUCAUCGCUGUCUAUAGCGAACAAGGAUCUAGAUGUUGAACUAAAGCUGGAGCUUGAUGCAGUCGAGGCACAAUACCGACAUUGGUUUCAAGAGCUUUCCAGGAUGAGAGAUGAAGAAUUGGAGGCUACCAAAAAGAGAUGGAUGGCAAAGAAAAAGUUGGUUGUACAGUGAUAAAGAAUGUACAAUUUUCUUCCUACUGUUCUGUAAUUCAUUGUUGUUUGACUUUGUCACUUCUUUCCCCUUUUUUAAGACUUAUGAUAUUAUCAAUUUAGACAUCUUGCAUUGA